CUUUGCUUUCCUUCCGGGGAAGAUCGUUCUGCUUGUGAUCCUGCUGAGGAAAGAGACUCCGAUGGACUUACACCGGGCAGCAUUCAAGAUGGAGAACUCACCCUAUCUCCCCAACCCACUGGCCUCCCCAGCACUGAUGGUUCUCGCCUCCACUGCCGAAGCCAGCCGUGAUGCUUCCAUUCCCUGCCAGCAGCCGAGGCCUUUUGGGGUCCCUGUGUCAGCAGAUAAGGACGUGCACAUUCCCUUUACCAAUGGCUCAUAUACUUUUGCCUCCAUGUAUCACCGCCAAGGCGGGGUGCCAGGAGCAUUUGCAAACCGUGACUUUCCUCCAUCCUUGCUUCACCUUCACCCCCAGUUUGCACCCCCCAACCUGGACUGCACCCCGAUCAGUAUGUUGAACCACAGCGGCGUCGGGGCUUUCCGCCCCUUUGCAUCCACUGAAGACCGGGAGAGCUACCAGUCAGCCUUUACACCGGCCAAGCGCCUGAAAAACUGCCAUGACACUGACUCGCCCCAUCUGCGCUUCUCGGACACUGAUGGGAAGGAGUAUGAGUUUGGCACCCAGCUCCCCUCCAGCUCCCCUGGCUCCCUCAAAGUUGAUGAUACAGGGAAGAAGAUAUUUGCUGUUUCUGGCCUCAUUUCUGACCGUGAGACCUCAUCCAGUCCUGAAGACCGAAGUGACAGAUAUAGAAGCGACAACCAAAGAGGGCCCCAGGCGUCUGCAACUGCCACUCAUCGUAUGAUUUUAACUCUCCCCCUCUGCAAAAAGAAAGCAACUUUGUUUGACAGCCAGGCUCCGAUCUGCCCCAUCUGUCAGGUCCUUCUUCGCCCCGGGGAGUUGCAGGAGCACAUGGAGCAGGAGCUGGAGAAGCUCACGCAGCUGAACAUCAGCAAGAGCUCCAUCCUGAAGGAUGCCAUGGCAGCAGGCACCCCCAAGUCAAUUUUGUUGUCGGCCUCAAUCAAGCGGGAAGGAGAUUCUCCGACAGCAUCACCCCACUCCUCAGAUGACAUCCAUCACUCAGACAGAUACCAGACCUUCCUGCGGGUGCGAGCGAACCGGCAGACCCGGCUGAACGCUCGGAUUGGAAAAAUGAAACGGAGGAAGCAAGACGAAGGGCAGGUAUGUCCCCUCUGCAGCCGACCUCUGUCAGGAUCCGAGGAGGAGAUGAGUAGGCAUGUGGAACAAUGCCUUGCAAAGAGAGAAGGUUCGUGCAUGACUGAGGAUGACUCGGUGGACAUCGAGAACGAGAACGGCAACCGCUUUGAAGAGUACGAGUGGUGCGGGCAGAAGAGGAUACGGGCCACUACUCUCCUGGAGGGAGGAUUUCGAGGUUCUGGGUUUAUCAUGUGCAGCGGGAAGGAGAAUCCGGACAGCGACGCUGACCUGGAUGUGGAUGGAGACGACACACUCGAAUACGGGAAGCCACAGUACACAGAGGCAGACAUUAUCCCUUGCACUGGAGAAGAGCCAGGUGAAGCCAAAGAAAGGGAAGCGCUCCGAGGUGCUGUUCUAAAUGGUGGCACACCAAGUACUCGAAUAACACCGGAGUUUUCUAAGUGGGCCAGCGACGAAAUGCCCUCAACGAGUAAUGGUGAAAGCAGUAAACAGGAGACCAUGCAGAAGACCUGUAAGAACAGUGACAUUGAAAAAAUUACAGAAGACUCCGCAGUGACAACAUUUGAAGCGUUAAAGGCUCGUGUCCGUGAGUUAGAAAGGCAGCUUUCCCGUGGGGACCGCUAUAAAUGUCUCAUUUGCAUGGACUCUUACACAAUGCCCCUGACUUCUAUUCAGUGCUGGCAUGUGCACUGUGAAGAAUGCUGGCUGCGGACUCUGGGUGCCAAGAAGCUCUGUCCUCAGUGUAACACCAUCACGUCUCCUGGAGACCUUCGGCGCAUCUACUUAUGAAGGACCCAGCAGGAGGGCAGGACCCAGCUACUCGGCUCAGCUCAUCACACCCAGGGGGAGAAGAACGACCACAACAAAAAAAAGACGUUUUAAAACUUAAAGAAAAAACAAACCAUAGACUCCAGACAUGGACUCGAGGAUACAGGAGCAGUGGGAGCCUCAGCUGCCAGGUCCCGCAGUUUGAGACCUCCUUCAGCAUCUGCAGCGGGCAAAACCAAAUCCUUUGUUGUGAAGCCCCCUUUUUUAAAACCAGUGUUCCCCAUCACCCAUUCCCUGGAGCUGGCUUUGCAUUGUGGAUGGCUUGUGAGCCCUCCUUUGGACUGUGCUGUUGACCACUCUUCCCCCAGGAAACUGGGGAAGGGACCCUUCACAGAAAGAUGUUAAAUAACCUGUAACUUGUGUUCCUUGAUCAGUUUUUGUUUUGUUUUUAUUUGUUUUGGUUUGAUUUUUUUUUGUUUGGUUCUGUUUCGGUUUUUUGUGGUGUUCUAGUGAUGACUAAAAGGUUUAAAGAAAAAAAAAAAAAAAACACACCCAGGCAGAAAUGAAGCACAUGUAAUAUAGAUUAUAUAUGUUUACAAUGUUGUGUAUAAAUGGGAUAGACUCAAACAUUACAUACUAAUAAGUUUCCCUUUCUUUUCUUUGGGUUGUAUUUUUUUUAAAGAAGAAAAAAAUGAGCAGAGAACAUUAAACCCAUAUUUUUCUUGGUUCAGCAAAGUUUUGGCAUUAAAGUCAUUAGUUUAAAAAAAGUAUAUAUAUACAUAUAUAUAAUAUAAAUGGUUUAAUGUUCUGUGGUGUAUAUUUCCUCAUUCAGAUAUGAAGUUAACAGCUUUUAGUAAUGGCUGUAGCAUUGCCCAUAACUUACAGAACUUAUGGGGAGUAGAGGAGGUGGAUUUUUGUCAUUAGUUGUAGCUAAUGGGGCUAUUUAUAAUAGAAUCGUUAUCCCCGGAAAGACACAGCUUUUAACUCCUCACCGGGGGGCCAGGCAGGACAGGGGCAAUCUAGCUCAGUCCCCUUUAUCUUUCCCAUCUGGGGAAGGAGCAAAUGGUGAGGAGCUGGAAAGAGGGAGUCUCUCAGAGCACUGCCCUCUCCCCUGGCUCGAGGGUCCAGCUAAUAACUGUGCUCCUCCAGACCACAGCCCCUUUCCCUGCCCUGCCUGGCUUUGCUUUCCUCCUCUGGGCAGCAUUUCCUGGCUGAGGAUGCCUGGGCUGCUCAGGAUGGUGCUGAGGCAGGACACUGGGGAUGGCAGGGGACAGGAUGGUCCUGCUGGUGGCUUUGCCCAGAGACACUCAGCCAGUUCCCUUGUGGGGCUGCCUGGCAGAGCCAUGCAAGCCCUGCAGAGCCACCCCUGCCCUGCUCUCGCUUCCCCCAGCUCCCACUCUCCUGCUGCCUGCGUUUUUCCUAAGAGGUUUUGGCACUAGGACAGAGAGCCAAGCCAGCCUUGUUUUGUCCCCACUGCUACUCCCAGGGUCCAGCAGAGACACUCAGCUGGACCCAGAGGUCCCCCACAGCCCCAGCUUCUUCCACGCAGUCCCUCAUGCUUGUCCCUGUCUCCCGUAUCCUCAGCCUUAACCAAAGCUGCCAUCUGGCCUGGUUUUUUGUUCUUUAUUUUAUUGUCAGGAUCCAAGAAACAGAUACUGACCCAUUUCCCUUGGGACUUCUCGCAGCCCCACACUGUGUAUCCCUGCCACAGCUUCCUGGGCACUUGUGGGGUGCCAGCUCCCCAUAGCCAGAAGACAGGGAGAUGUGAAAGCUCAUCCACUCCUUUCCAAGCAGAUCCCACCUGGCAGCACAACACAGCUGGGGCAUUUUAAGACAGUGGAAACAACACUGGAUGAGGGAAUGGAAGUUGAGACCCCAGUGCUGCUGGGGUGUUUCCAGAGAGGGAAGGGCUAUGUAAGCAGGAUGUGUGGGGAGUGGGACAGUCCCACUACUGCUUCUCUACCCUGAGCUCUUUUGCAGAGAACAGUCUUGGCAUCUCCUGACUGAUUUCAGAAGGAUCCCUCUGCACCCAAAAAAAACCCAAAUGAAAUUGAAGGAGCUGUUAUUUCAUUAAAAUCUCAUCAAAAGGUGACAAUUCCUAAUUGGGAGUUUCCCUUGUGUCCAAGCUCAUAUCUGUGUGUGGCCUCUGAAACCAGAUAGCUGCUGCCUCCUUUGCUCUGUGCCAGCAGAGCUCCCAGGAGCCAGAGGAAGCUGGGGCACCCCAGAGGGUCCUGCCUUCACAGGGAGACUGCGGGCAGGGGCUGUCACUGCAGGAUAACCCUGCAGCCAGCAGCACAAGGCAGGAGAAGGGCAGGCAUGCACAGCCCAGGCUGGAUUUGUAAAGGGAGAAAAACUUGCAGGGCACAUGGCUCAGCUGGGAGUGUGCUGGUGCUAAGGGCUCAGAGAUGGAGAGGGCGCAGCCAGGUGGGUGUGAGAGACAGCCAGGAAGGGCAAGAGGGUAGGAGGCCCCUUCCCAGGCCUUCCUUGGAAAUAGCCUAGCUCCCUCCCAGGGCCUUUCUGGCAGGUGUUGUGGACCAGCCGUGUGCUUUAUGUACGUAUGUGUAAAACCAUAUGUAACUACUCAUUGGUUCUUUGCUUUGGGGUUUAUUUUUGGUUUUGUUUUUUUUUGUUUUGUUUUGUUUUGGUUUUUUUGUUGUUUUUUUUUUUUGUUUAAAUUUUAAAGCCAUCCCCUGUUUUCAAGGGGGAAGCUGCAGGGGGAAGGCUGGGGAGAGAGGCAUCCCAGUUUGUAACAGGCAUCCGCCACUUCCCCUCUUCUGUAAUGAGUUUUAAUGAUUAAAAAAAAAAAAAAAAAGUGAAAUAUCAGAGUUACCUAUCUUUGCCCAAAGAAUCCCAGUUGCACAAAGCGAUAUUCCGGUGUGUCAAUGAUUGUGUGUCAGUGUAUACUAUACAAAGAGGUACUUGUCACUCCCGUUUGUAAACUACAUUUGACAUUAAUUAAACAAGUAUAAAUCUUC